AAAUCAGUCAGAAAAUAGCUGUUGGCCCAAACAGAAGCAUCGAGCAGCUCUAGAAACCAGUCAGAGACGUUCCGUUGAGAGCACAAGUCCACAAAAAGAACCAAAUAAAAAAUAACAGAACAGAGACAUUUGUGAGAAACAGUGAAGUGAAUACAUUCCUAAAAAAAAGAAACCGAACAAAGAAGAACAGAGACAGAAAAAACAUUUGUUGAUUGAAAAAAAAUAUUUGUCGAGUGACAAACAGUUAGAAUGGCUACCUUAUCGUCGCACCCGAACUACGGCUUCCACCUGGGCGCCGGCGGCGGCCAGAGCCUGGAGCUCCCCUCGCCAAGCGACUACGCCCACCAGGGUCAGCUGCAGCUGAGCCCCGGCAUGGACAUGGAUAUCAAGCGUGUGCUGCACUACUCCCAGAGUCUAGCUGCCAUGGGCGGCUCACCGAACGGCAAUGGCAUUCCCAGCAGCGCCGGUAUGGGCCACCACCAUCAUAUGACGCCCCAUCACAUGCAUAGCGCCGUGUCCGCCCAGCAGACUCUGUCGCCGAACAGCUCCAUCGGCUCCGCCGGGAGUCUGGGCAGCCAGAGCAGCUUGGGCAGCAGUGGCAUGGGUAACGGUGGCAGCCUCGGUUCUUCGGGGCACUCCAACCACCAGUCCUCGGGGAUGCACAGCCUGGCCACAUCGCCUGGUCAGGAGGGACACAUCAAGCGCCCCAUGAACGCCUUCAUGGUGUGGUCGCGGCUCCAGCGCCGUCAGAUCGCCAAGGACAACCCCAAGAUGCACAAUUCCGAGAUAUCCAAGCGCCUGGGCGCCGAGUGGAAGCUGCUGGCCGAGUCCGAGAAGCGGCCGUUCAUCGACGAGGCCAAGCGCCUUCGUGCCCUCCACAUGAAGGAGCACCCAGACUACAAGUACCGCCCGCGCCGCAAGCCCAAGAAUCCCAUGACCGCAGGCCCCCAGGGCGGACUCCAGAUGCAGGCCAACGGAAUGGGACAACAGAAGUUGGGCGGUGGUCCAGGAGCCGGUGCCGGGGGUUACAAUCCCUUCCACCAACUGCCUCCGUACUUUGCCCCCUCGCACCAUCUCGAUCAGCCGUACCCGGUGCCGUACUUCGGGGGAUUUGAUCCUUUGGCCCUUUCAAAACUGCAUCAGUCGCAGGCCGCAGCCGCGGCGGCGGUCAAUAACCAGGGCCACAAGGUGCUGGACUCCCAGCAAGCACCGCCCCAGCUUCCUCCGACAUCCCUGAGCAGCUUCUACUCCGGCAUCUACUCGGGCAUGUCGGCACCCUCCCUGUACGCCGCCCACUCCGCCAAUGCUGCAGCCGCUGGCCUGUACACCUCAUCGUCCACCUCCUCGCCAGGAUCCUCGCCGGGAACCAUUACACCCAACGGAAUGGACGGCUCAAUGGACAGCGCCCUAAGGCGACCGGUGCCGGUCCUCUAUUAGAGUCCCGUCCCAGCGUAGAGUACAGAGUAGAGUACAAUUGUUGAAGCAUUCCCAAAGUGAUCCACUGGUUUUAAAUCUUCAAAAGCUCUAAGUAAGCCAACCUCUAUCAGUCCUCUCCUCCCUAUCAAUCCUCCCCGCUUACUUCUAGUGAAAUCUCUAAACAGAUUUAAGAAAGAAAAAUCACACACAAGAAACCACACUCCUAGCCAAUACACACAAAACACCAUCUAUAAUCUACGCUAAACUAUAAUUUAUUUCUUGCACUAACCAAUUAAGGAAACCAAGAAAAGUAUCAAAAGAAAAGAUAUAUAUUUAUGGAAAAUCCUAAUUUUAAAUUAAUUUUAUUUAGUUUUAAGCAUUGAGAGAUCAUCCUCCUUGUUGUUUUUUGUGUCAGCACCCCAGCACCAGACCUAACCUAAGUUGUAGUCUUUAGUGUCUAACCAACUCAAAUUGUAAAUAUCCCAGUCCACUCUUAUUUCGUUACAGAGUGAGAGUCCCCAGAAGUCGUAUAUAAAUACAUCAGUGUAUUAUUGUAUUAUUAAUGUACUAAAAAAAACGUUAUAAUCUAAGCGGAGUAAACGUAAAAGCUCACACAAAACAAAGACAUUUCAAAAUGAAU